AGAAUGUUGUUUGACAGUUGUUACAACUUCAUUCAUCAGCAGCUAUUUAGAUAUGAAAACACGUGCAUUCCGUUAGUGUUUUUCAAUCUGGUUAAUUUCCAGUAGCAUUUUGUUUGUCGAGUAAUAAUAAUUGCUCCUCGAUAGACUUCAGUGACAUUCUACUAGAAAAAUCACAACCAAAAUGGAAUCCGAUCAGGAAGAUGAGGUUCCCAACGUUAAUUUUGUUCCGAGUUUGCUGUUUGUGAAGCGAGGCGUUGCAAAGGCCAAUCCUGAUAAGGUAACUUUGACACCGGCAGAAUUGGCCAGGAUCAUCAACGAUACCAGGGAUGAUUUGGAAGAGGAAGGCGGUGAAGGGAUGGAAACUUCGGAAGAUGAGGAAAAUGAGGACAGCGCUGCCGGAUUGGCAAAUCGGGCUCGGAACACAGCGAGAGCGUCGGGGAGUGGGACGUCAGCUGGCGAUGAAUAUGGGUUUGAACGGUACGAGCAGGAAUCUGGAGAACCUGUGGUCAGGCUUAGUUCGGUAGCCAUUGUAGAUCCAGCUGAGAAUAUUGAAGAUGAGGAAGACUCCGAAGCGGAGGAUGAAGUCAUCAAACCAUCGGAUAAUCUGAUUCUGGUUGGUCACGUGCAAAAUGAUAGCGCUUCCAUGGAAGUUUACAUUUUCAACGACGAGGAAGGAAGUUUGUACGUCCAUCACGAUUUUCUGCUCCCGAGUCCACCACUUUGCAUCGAAUGGCUUAGUUUCGAUCCGGGAAGCGACAAGUCCGGUAACAUCUGUGCCAUCGGCUGCAUGGAUCCGGUUAUUACCUUGUGGGAUCUGGACAUUCAAGAUUCGCUAGAACCGGUUUGCAAGCUGGGUUCUAAGGGUAGUCGUAAGAAGAACAAGCCAAAACUGGGUCACAGGGAUGCGGUGUUGGAUCUUUCCUGGAACCGCCACCUAGAGCACAUCCUAGCGAGCGGAUCGGUAGAUCAAUCGGUUAUCCUGUGGGAUAUUGAGAAUGGCACACCGCACACCACCAUCCGGCGGUUCGAUGAAAAAGUACAGACACUUUCGUUCCAUCCUACAAAACCGGAAGCCCUGCUGGUGGGAAGCUGCGACGGUGUGGUUAAGGUUUUCGAUUGCCGUUCCACGACCGACGAGAGCAGUAGUUUCAAAUCUUGGGACCUGGGAGGAGAGAUAGAACGCGUCUGCUGGAGUCACCACAAUGAGCAUCACUUUGUGGCCAGCACCAAUCAGGGCCGGGUGCACUACGUUGACGUCCGUACGGAUCAUCCACUGUGGUCGAAGGAGUUGCACGAGAAGGAAAUCACCGGACUGGUGUUGAGUUCGAUGGUGAAGGGAAUGCUGUCGACGGCUUCGGCGGAUGGGACGCUCAAAGUUUGGGAUAUUGAUGACGAGGAUGCACGGUUGGUGUACAAGAAGAAUCCCAAAAUGGGGGUGAUUCAGUGUUUGGAAGCGUGUCCGGAGAAUCCGUUUAUGCUGGCGCUGGGUGGGGAUCUGAAGACGAAGAAUUUUGCGGUUAUCAAUCUGUUGGAUAAUGAUGUUGUGUCCAAUGUGUUUAAACCGCGGUUCGAUCCAGGCUACGUUCCAGUUGUAUCAGAAGGUGAUUUGAAUAUGGCCACAGAAGCGAUGGAAGAUGCUUCAAUCGAUGACAGUGAUGACGAAUGAUUCUUUGGUGAUUACUCAUCUGAUGAGUAGCAGAUAAACGUUUGGAAAUAUAUGGCUGGUGUAAAUGUACAACCGGUGAUUUUUAAAUUCAA